CACUCUUGGGGAGGGCAUGGCGCAAACACAGAGGAAUGGAUUGGCAGGCUUGAGAAUUGAUGGGAAAUCCUUUCAUCACUUGCAACGGUCUGGAUGGUCUGGGGAUGGUCGAGAUAAGAGAACGGCGGUGGGCGAGGGGGAUGGUGUCGAAGGCGACCGUACCACUAUCUCUCAAGACUAUGACGCACACCGUCGCGGUACUGAUGAAGACAGCAGUGUAUUGAAUGAUUUGCAUUCAGCGACACCGCCAAUAUCGGUUCCUCGCCCCGGCGACCAGCCGACUAGUGAAUACCUCGAUUUUCCACACAAACCGGAGGAGGUUCAAGCAUCGCCAUUCGAUAGCUUCCUUCACCAUCGGCGCCGGUCCAUCAGCAUCAACGCUGAAGCCAAUAUUGAAUCUGGUCGACAUCACUCUCUUGAAGAACCCUUACACAGCACAGAGGCCAAAGCCCGAGUGUCUCUCAAACCACGAUUACGGACUUCAGGUCUAAGGCAUGCGUUUUCCCAGGACCGUUACGCGUGUGACAACCGCGAGAAUUAUGCCUGGGUUUCUAGCCCCAGAAGGCCUCAGAAUCAACGAUUCUUGCCCACUGGAUAUUCUCGUACCAGUUGCCUUGCGAGUCCUGAAGAUGACGUCUCGAUUGGAAGUGAUCUCGAGCGGUUCACAUCGCUCGCGUCCCUAUCCACUGCCUCUCCACUGAAUGAAGAACCGCAGACCCCUCCCCAAAGCGCCAGCGAACACUUGAUGUCACCAUUCUGUGCGGUUUCUCCCACCCAACAAUCGGCAUUGUUAGAAGGCCAUAAUUCUUGGUCCGCCGGGGCCAUCACACCCUUUGGGAGCAAGCCCCGCAGCCGAUACGGAAGCCUCAGGGGCACAUCACGUCGCUCCACUGCCUCAAGUGGCAAGUCACCGGCGAGUACAUUCUUGUCAAUGUGGAAUGGGCAAGACGAGCAUGCCUCACAGCCAGAUGACGAGGGUCAGAUGGUCGGUACCGAUUACGUUUUGGGGAAGCAGAUUGGCUUUGGAGGAUUUAGUACGGUCAAGGAAGCUUACAAAGUCGAGGGAACCGGCGAAACAAGACGGCUGGCCGUCAAAAUCGUCAGGAAGCACGUUACGGGGAAAAGCGAGCGGGAAAACGAUCAGGUGCAGGCAGAGUUCGACCACGAGGUUCGGGUCUGGCGCUAUCUCAACCACUCUCAUGUGCUAGCACUUGAUGCGGUCUACGAAACGGAUUAUGCAACGUUUUGCUUCACCAAACUGGCCAUUGGAGGAACGCUCUUCGAUUUGAUCCGGCAGAACCGCCAAGGACUAGAGCUAACCCUGGCGAAGAAAUACACAUACCAGUUGGCGUGUGCUCUGCGCUAUUUGCAUGAAGACGCUCGUGUUGUACACAGAGACAUCAAACUUGAAAACUGUCUCCUCGAUCCCGUCACUGCAGCUGACGGUACCAAAUCGUCGAACCUGGUGCUUUGCGAUUUUGGAAUGGCCGAAUGGAUGACUACAGAUAAUGGAUGCAGUUCACUGGACCCCUAUGAGAAUGCAGCUGACAGACCGCCCCCGAAGACCAUCGGGCCUUCUGAUACAAGCACCAGCAUUGCAGGCAGCCUCGAAUAUGCGUCCCCAGAACUUCUUUCCUCGACCAGUAGCAUCAUCCACCCAGCCGUCGACAUCUGGGCGUUCGGAGUUAUUGUGUUUACGAUCGUUGUCGGUUCCAGACCAUUCCAAGACCCAUUCGCUCCGCGCAUCCAGAGUAACAUUCUGAGCGGGAACUGGGAUCACUCUGCGGUCCUAGGGGAUACCGAGGACCCAGAAGUCCGUCAAGGCCGGAAAGCCGCACUGGAACUUAUCAAAGGCUGUCUUGAAAUGGAAGUCGAUCGUCGAUGGACAAUCCGUCGGAUCUUAGCCUCGGAGUGGCUUCGAGGCCAUGCUGAAAAUCCUGACGACAACCCCAGCAAUACAGUUUGGAGGUUGUGAACAUUCUUCCCUCUCUUGAACGGGAUGAGAUCUCCUGUGGAGGUCUUCUCUUUUUCCACCUCGGAAUUAUACCUUUUCUCUUUUUUUUCCCCUUCGGGUUUGAGCAUUAUAUUAGUAUGAGCGAUUUUGAAAUGGGCAUGUGGUGCACAGCUCUGGUGAUGAUCAUAUCCCAAGUGCUUUUGCACCCAAAAACACAAGCACUGGUUGAGCAGGACUCAUCAUCAAUGAUACCCUCUUUCUUAUUUUGUUUUUAUUGUCUUCGACGGUUUUCUCUGGGAAUUUUUGCGUGACAACAUCGGGUUCAAGGCGGGCUAUCUACAUUAUAGCGAGAGGGGGGGGGGGGG